AGAGCAUCUGUGAGCACGCUGGCUCGAAGACUUUCAUAGUGUUUAUAAUUUCCUUGUUAGCAGGUGAAUAAUAAUUUGAGAAGCAAGUAUCCACCUCACUGAAGUAAAACAGGAGUAAUUCGUUGACUUAAUGACUUCAGCUAGAGCAAACGCGAUGCGUUUGGAGGUGGAAAGCGUGUGUUCGCUUUAACUGAGACGAGUUUCCACGUAGGCUAUUAUCGUAUCGGAGACUGAAAUGUUUUACAACUUAUAACAGAGAACACGCCAAGACAUGGUUUCAAAGCAUGGAAACAGAAGACGUGACGGUUAGAGAGCAACUAUUCCACGACCGAGUCCGAGAAACCAUUAUUUGCGUGCUGCUUUUCAUAUGCCUGUACAUCUUGUCUCACUUCAUUCUCACUCACUUCAAGAAGAAUGCUGAGUUUGUCACUGAUGACAUUGAGGAUGCCACUGUCAACAAAAUUGCGCUGUGGCUGUGUACAUUCACACUCUCAGUGGCCGUAUGUGCAGUGCUGCUCCUGCCCAUCUCCAUCCUGUCCAAUGAAGUACUGCUCACAUUCCCACACAACUACUACAUGCAGUGGCUCAAUGGCUCACUCAUCCGUGGCUUGUGGAACCUAGUCUUCUUAUUCUCAAACCUUUCAUUGGUCUUCCUCAUGCCAUUUGCUUAUUUCUUUACUGAAUCAGAAGGAUUUGCUGGGUCCAAAAAGGGCAUUAUGGCACGAGUCUAUGAGACUGCUGUAAUGUUGCUGCUGCUCAGUCUGCUGGUGCUGGGCAUUGUUUGGGUGGCAUCAGCCCUCAUCCAUCACAACACUGCCCGUGAGAGUCUUUAUGACCUGUGGGAAUAUUACCUGCCCCAUCUUUAUUCUGGAAUCUCACUCUUUGGAGUUCUGCUGCUUUUGUUGUGCACACCCUUUGGGCUUUCACGUAUGUUUAGCGUCACUGGGAGCUUAUUGGUCAAACCUCGGUUGUUGGAGAACCUAGAAGAGACAAUGAACUGCACAGCGUUUGAAGAGGCCUCUCUGUCCAGGAAGUUGAAAAGUAACACCUCCUGUUGGAUCAGUGCAAACAUAAAGGCCAUCAAUAAUGAACUUUUGAGUGUGCAGUCCAAACGCAUUGCUUUAGAGUUGCGGAAAAGAGCAUCUCCAUGGCAACGCAACCUGGGAUACCCAGUGGCCAUGCUGCUGCUUUUAGCUUUAACUGCGGUGUCUGUGCUGAUGGUGUGUUUCCAUGUGCUUGAACUGCUCUUCGAUGAGUCUGCUAUGCCUAGAGGAAUGGAGGACCCUCACUUGGGCCUUGCCUCAUUCUCCAUGUUCGGUUCUCUGGGAGCUGCAGUGCAGGUGGUCAUCAUCUUGUAUCUCAUGGUCUCCUCUGUCGUUGGAUUCUACAGCUCUCCACUUUUCACCGGCUUGCUGCCACUUGCACAGGACACGACCCUCACACAGAUUAUAGGGAACUGUGUUUCUCUUUUAAUACUCAGUUCAGCCUUGCCUGUUUUCUCCCGCACAUUGGGAAUCACAAGGUUUGAUCUGCUUGGAGACUUUGGACGGUAUAACUGGCUUGGCAGUUUCCACAUUGUUUUCCUGUACAAUAUGCUUUUUGCUGGACUCACGUCCGCCUGCCUCAUCAACACAGUCACAUGGGCCUUGCAAAGAGAACUCAUCCGUGCCUUUGGUCUCCACAGACUGCCUCUGACUGUGUCUCGAUCAACUAUCCCCCUCAAACUACUCCUAGCCAAUGGGCUCUCAAAGAUUCAUUGAAGAGCAAUCAGCUUUUUGAUAUAUCAUUGGCUACUGAAACCUUUUACCUUCUGGAGAAGGUUCUGGGUCCCAGUCUGUGGCUUCUCUAUUGGACCAGAGCUAUUUUGUGUGCAUUUUAGGUAAACAAUAGUCACCAAAGAUGUUUACAAAGUGUGCCUGAACCAUAUACGUUGACCAAUGGGACCUUCUAAGUGGGAUUCUGCAACUGCAGUUUUAUGCGUAGUAAUAUUUACGCUUAUUGCUGCAUUUAAUAAAGGGAUGUCAAAUCACUGGACGCCUUGAACAAAUGCCAUAUGAAACAAUGGCUACAGAGGACUUUGACAUGCGUCCAGACAGGAGAGCUAUUUCAGAGGAUGACAUCACAGCCAUGACCACGUUUCCUUUUCCUGGUGGUGGAAUGAGAGUGUUGAGUUCUGUCCUGGUGGGCCCCCACACUUUCCCCUUGUAUAUCACUAUUUUUAGUGUCAUCCAGUGAAUUCAGUUCUGUGGGUCCUUAUUGCACUGGCAUUGGAAGUCCAGUCUGACGGGGUUUGUCUGCUUCUGAAUGAAGUGAAGAUCCCUGAGAAAGGGGACGAAAGGAUAACAAGUGACCGUGAUCUUGAAGAUGAUGUUCAUUGUGAGAAAACAAAUGGGGUUCUAGUUUGUAAAAUACACUUUUUGUAGAGUUUAGGUUUUAAAAUGUAUGUUUAAAAAAAAUGGCUGACUGAUUUCAACCUUUAGGCCAAGACAGCUGUGAAUGUUUGGGGAUUUUGUUCCCUUGUUAUAUUUAAUAUGUGAAUCUUUAAUGUGCAAUAUUAUAUUAUGAAACGUCGACACAAUCUAACUUGACCUCCUUCCAGAAACUUGUGCUGAUGACCAAAAGAAGAUGUUUGGCCCAAUUAAGAACACCUAGAUUGGGCAAUAAGUUCAAAGUUUUGUUAGUUCUUAUGUUUUGGGUUGAGCUAUGUAGAGGGACAAUCAAUGCACAUGAACAUUUCUUGUUUCACGGAAACUAAGUUGCUAUGAUUUCAUAAAUGUGGACUUUUUGAUUCGAUAAUCACUCGUUUCAUAUGGUGCAGUAUUAUGGUGUACACAUUUGCUGAUCAAACUGUUGUUUAUUCUUUUGUAUGAUUCAGUUAUUUGUGAAAUUGCUUCUGUAUCAGCAUAAUUUUUAAACAAAUGUCCUUCAAGCAGUGGCCAGUAGAGGACAGUGUGCCACAAAUCCAUCAUUACAACAUCUCUAUCCUUCAGAUUCUUCCUCAGCCAUAUUUUAAUAACAUGAUACUUGCAUAAAACAGAUUUUCUUUUUCUUUGAGUAUCAUUUACAAUAAUGUAGCUAUUCAAAGAUGAAUGUGAAUCAUUGCUUAAAGGGAUAGUUCGCCAAAAAAAAUUCAAUUGUCUCAAUUUACUCGCCUUCAUGUUGUU